UCUGAUGAUGAAGAAGAGCGUGAGUCGGGUCGCGUCGGGUCGAGCUGCAGCAACAACAGCGCCACCGGUGGCAGCCAGGAGACCGACCAGCCUCAGGGUCUGGGCCAUGCCGAGGACGCGGCGGAGCACGAACACACGAAAGCCGUGCUGAGGACCAGCCUGAGCGGCGGCGACAAGGUGGUCAGCGCCGUGCCGGCCCUUCGGACCCGGACCAGGUCUCGGCCUGGACGAGGAGGUCGAACGGCGCA